AUGGAUACAUCGACUCCGGUGGAAUCGGACCUUUGGACUUAUCUGACAAGCCACAGAUUCGCCAGGGACCUUGCCGACGUCAGUCAAAUUGUGAAGUGGAAACUUUUCAAAAGGCUAAGCCGAAUGUUUUAUACAAAAUCGGAAAGACGAGUGAAUUCAGCUCAAAGAAGAGAUCGACCAGAGCUUCAAAAACACGGUUGGGAUGUGCUAAAAUUGGCGAAAAAUUUCCAACUUCCUCCACUUGAUGACAAAAUGGAAAGAGUCGAUGGCACGUCAAUAACAUUAGAGGAAUUUCGUCGCAAAUACGAAGCACCUCGUAUGCCUUGUGUGAUUACCGGUUUGACGAGAAAUUGGAAGGCUCACGAAAACUGGACAAUUCAGAAACUCUUAAAAGAUUAUCCAAAUGAUAGUUUCAAAGUUGGUGAGGGAUCCAGUGGAGACACUAUUUUCCUGAAAUUCAAAUAUUUUGCCGAAUAUAUGAGAGAAAAUGAGGAUGAUAGUCCGUUGUAUAUUUUCGAUGAAUAUUUCGGCGAGGGCAAGAGAACGAAAGAAAUGCUCAAGGAUUACGAUGUACCAGUAUUUUUUAAAGAAAACUUAUUUGAUCUGCUUGGGAACGACACGAAACGACCACCAUAUAGGUGGAUUGUCAUUGGUCCAGCUCGUUCCGGAACUAACAUUCACAUCGAUCCACUUGGAACCAGUGCAUGGAACGCGCUUAUUCAUGGACAUAAACGCUGGGUAUUCAUCCAUCCAGACACACCACAUGAAUUUGUAACGAUCCCUAAAUCAGAACGUGGUAUUCAUCCGAAUGAAGCAAUCACAUGGUUUUCAACUGUUUACAAACGUAUACAUCAAGGAGACUGGCCAUUCGAACGAUAUCCAGCGUACGAAUGUCGGCAAAAUCCAGGAGAGACGUUGUUUGUGCCAUGUGGAUGGUGGCAUGUGGUCAUUAACGAGGAUGAUACUGUAGCUGUCACACAAAAUUUUUGCUCACCAGUUAAUCUUCCCUACGUUUAUCCGACAAUCCGAGAAGAGAGACCAUCGCUGGCAAGCGCGUUUCUUGAAAAACUUAACGACCUGCGUCCGGAAUUGAUGCAAACGGUUUACGAGUCGUUGCUGGAUCCGAAACCAAUAUUAGAUUCGUAUGGUUCGGACAGUGAAAAGGAGGUUAUUGGAGCGAAUGAUGGCUACGAUGAAUCCGAAACAACAUCGUUCAGCACAGACGAAUCGAGUGAUCAGGAUAGCGGUGACAAUGAAUGUGAUGAAGAGGAGGCUGAGGAGACCGAGGAGACCGAGGAUGAACAGGAAGAGAAAGGAGGUGAAAAAGAAGAGAGCGAUGAAGAAGAAGAUGAAGAAGAAGAAAGUGAUAGCCAAGAAGCGGUUGUUAACAAAUCGGGAUUUGUUGACAUCGCUGAAGGUAGCGAAGAUGAGGGUGGUUUUUGUGAAUCUGGGGAUUCCGAGGAUUCGGAAACAUAUAGCGACUAUGACACCGACGAUGACGACGAUGAUGAUGUGAGUGAACGCUCUUCUCCAUCACCGGAAAUCCACACCGAACCAGUAAGGGCAAUCACACCGAUUCUUACCGCUUCUGAAGGUGGCCUAAAACGUCGUGCUGUAACAUCACCGAAUCGUCGCCUAGGUAUACCGAUAUUUUUAAAUUCGACGCCCCGUUCAUUUAAUAAUUAA